AAGUCUCCUAACCUAUUCUGUACCUUCACGCUGAGCGUGUCCCGCAGGUAGAAGCUGCGCAGUCACGCAGCGCACUGCCUCGCGCCCUCGGUGCCCAUGGGCGCAGCCGCUGUGUUUGCAGCCGACUGACGUCAUGAGCGUCCUGCUGCCCAACAUGGCGGAUUUUGACACCAUCUAUGAACUGGACGAAGAGGAUGAGAGGGUGGUCAGCGAGGAGCAGCUUGUGAGAUUCUGCCCGGAGCCGGUUAUCAUGCGGGGAGCCGGACACAUCACGGUAUUUGGUCUGAGCAACAAAUUUGAUACAGAGUGUCCUUCAGUUCUCACUGGAAAGGUUGCUUCAGAAGAAUUCAAGACGAGUAUCGGCCGCGUCAAUGCCUGCUUGAAGAAGAAUCUCCCUGUAAAUGUAAAAUGGUUGCUCUGUGGCUGCCUUUGUUGCUGUUGCACACUGGGCUGCAGUUUGUGGCCUGUUAUUUGUCUUAACAAAAGAACAAGAAGAUCACUUCAGAAGUUGUUAGAAUGGGAAAAUAACAGAUUGUACCAUAAGCUUGGGCUGCACUGGAAGUUAAGUAAAAGGAAAUGUGAAAGCAGUAACAUGAUGGAAUAUGUAAUUCUUAUAGAAUUCUUGCCCAAAUAUCCUAUAUUUCGACCUGACUGAAGAAGUGUACGAGACCUCCUGCUGUAUGGUCUUUCAUUCCUACCUUAGUGCCUUGUAGAUAGGUUGGACAGAUGAUUGUCUACGCUGCUGUGUUAUAACUUUCCUUAGAACUUUGUACAGUAGAAUCGCAACACCAUCGCUUUCCUUUAGAGCAAACUUUGCACUUUCAUUUCCUUACUUUAAGCAAUGCUCCUUUGUUGCACUCAGAACCUUGUUUUGAACCACAAAUAAGGUAAUUGCCACAGAGGACCUUAAUAUUGAUGCUGUCUAAAAUGUGCAAAGAAAGAGGUGCCACACGCAUGCCGCAUGUACAUGUGUGCCUCAGAUCGUUUGUGAAAUAGCUAACUUCCAGCCUAUUCCAGCAGAGUUACCAAGUUUACGGAACGAAAGACUAUUGAUAUUUUUGUUUGCUGGGUAGGCUACAGAGCCCAAGUUAAAAUUGCUUUACAAAUUCAUCACCUUUCUUUUUUGCUGCACUGUUUUAGUGGCAGCCUAUCUGCCUUGUAUACCAAUCACUAACCAUUAGAUUUUAUAAUCGUAUUUAAAAAUCAUAGCUUUAUUUGGGUGACAUUAAGACAAAGAGAAACAUUUUGCAUUAAACAUACUUAUUUAGGAGCAUGUUUAAGACAGCAUCAUUUCUUUUGCACUUUGGAAAUUACUUUUUGCUGGAAAGCUAAGAAACAAACAUGUAAAUAGUGCUUCAGUACAAAAUGUACAGUGUGGUAUGCCAUUGUUUACAGAAUGUAAUAUAGCUCUUAUAUUGUAUCGCCAAGAAUUGAAUGUAGAUUUGUUAUGAAUGAGAUUUCUAAGCAACUUUCCAAUGUGUAUAGACCUGUUUAACCUAGUAAGCCAUAUUGAUUAUGUACAUAAUGCCAGAUUAAGGACUGCAUAUUGCACUUCAGCAAGCUGAGAAGGAAUCUGGAGUGUAACUCUGGGUUCAUUUAAAGAGGUAAUGACUAAUGUCUUUCCUCUCAUUAGUGUAACACCAUUCUCAGUCCCUUAUUGUUUUGGUGUUUGGUGUUGAUAUGUGUGUGUCUUAAAUGAUUCCCCUGUUUUUACUGAACACAACACUAAGUUCACCUCCUACAGGUAGCAGGACUCCACCUGUGCCUUGCACUUGUGUUACAAGCUGUGAGAAUUAGGUGGGGCACUAUUACCUGUAACACAGCAAGUUGUUAUAUACAAUUAAAUUUCCUUUUUUUAAUUUAUUUUUUUUACUUUGAACUUAUUUGGGAUGUUUGUAAUUAGAAACCGUUCACGAGGAGCACCCCAACAGAGUGCUGUUAUAUUUUCUGUAAAGACUGCAGAUGUUCAACCUUUAUGUGAAUAUGCAAAGGAUAUUCAUGUGUAUCAAUCUUACUCUAUUUGACACUAAACUGUACUCUUGCUGCUACAUCGACCCCGAGGCCAGCACCUGUAUUUGGCUUGCAUAUUUUUGACGAUGGGUAAGCGUAAAAGAAGUAAGCAUUUUAACACUUAGCAACAGUUAACACCCCAGAGCAGAGAACUUUCAUCAGACUUGUAGUGCAAUGGCACUUUAAGUGGGCUUCACUUAAGUUAAAGUGAAAAUGUAAUGUUUGGGCAAAACAAUAAGAGACUUGUGAUUGUGUUAAACUUACGAGAUGCAAGAAGAAAAAAAAAAAAUGGCUAUUACAACUUUUUUUUUGUUAUUGAGUCCAAGACCAUUCCUUUGUCAUGUUUAGCAGUUGAUUUGAUCAACCUGUACCCUGCCAGGAUCAGCCAAUGAAAAAGCAAAUGAAGUUAAACACGUUUUUGGCCAUUUUAAAAGAGAACACUGUUACAUGUAGCUCUUGUUUAUGUCUUCUGUUUUUAAUCUUUCAGUGCCAGGCAUGCUCUUCGUAAUGGUUCUUUCAUGAUUGCCUGUAUGUUAAUUACAAUUCUGAUUACAACCCAUCCACUUCUUUCGGGGCUGGUGCUUGUGUGACAGUGGUUAUUUUGUACUAAAAAUGCCUGCUUGGACAGUCUAGGUAGGUCGUACGCUUCAGCAUUAUAACACAACCGCGGGUGAGACUUAUUUCUUUUCUUUGUAACUUAAAACCAUGUCGGACAUUUUCUUCAAAUAUGAUUCCCCCAAAAGUUGACCUAAAAUUGGAAAACAAUGUAUUUUUGCAUCAUUGUGUGUACUCUUAAUUUUGAUAUUUAAAAUAACAAUAAUAAUAAUAAUAAUAAAAUAACAUGAUGAAUAUGA